AUGAACAACACGACGAGUGGAUCGUAUAUGGUCCAGCUCGACGACGCCGCAAACGAGACGGUAGAGGGUUAUUUGCUCCGGACCCGAGGGCCCAAGCACCUUUCGCUGAACAUCGUGUUGCCAAUCACCGUCAUCUACGUGUUCAUAUUCGUCACAGGAGUGAUUGGCAAUAUCGCCGUUUGCGUAGUUAUCGUUCGCAACAACUUCAUGCACACGGCCACCAACUACUACCUGUUCAGCCUGGCCGUAUCCGAUCUCACACUCUUACUCCUAGGUAAGUCCCCUGUACUACACGACCACGUGGAAUAA